AUGUCAAAGCUGGAUCAGGAUUUAGGAGUUGAAUUGGAAAUUGUCGUUGUUAGGUUUGAGGGUGGAGUUGGAGGUGGUUGUGGUAUUAGAGUUGGAGGCGAUGUUGUUGGUGGUGGUGGACUUGGAGUUGGAGAGAUGCUGGUAGUGAAAUUGGAGCUGGAGGUGGUGGUGGGUGAAACUCCCCUGGCCUACGCAGCCGCGGAAGGGCACUUGGCCGCUGUGGAAUAUCUUCUUGAAAUGGGUGCCAAUCCUGAAAUACCAGAUGAUGAAAACAAAAGUCCUUUGCAUCAUGUCGCUACGAGAGGGCAAAAAGAUGGCAUACCCUUGUUGCUUUCAAAAGGUAUUAAUGUGGAUCUUACUGAUGAUUUUGGCUCACCGCUACACCAUGCUGCCAGUGCUGGCGAACACGAUACUGUUAAAGUUCUUCUGGAUCAUGGUGCCAAUAUUUUAGCUGCUUAA